AUGCUUAGAAGUUCUGUUAAAAUUUUUAACCCUUUAUUAAAAAGAGGGGUUAGAAAUAUUAUAUCUUUCUCUUCGAAUAAUAUAAGAUCCAUAGUUGUUGCAAACAGUAAUUAUAAGAUUGUUGGCCCAAGGAAAAGUCCAUUCUUUCAGGCUAUUGUUACUAUCAAAAGAUCAAUUUCAGAUGAACCCAAACAACUUUAUACAAAGCUAUCCGAUACCGAUGAUAAAAAUAGAGAUACGAUUUUUCAAUAUACUUGGGGUACAUGGUUGACUAAUGAUAAAUUAGAAAAAGAAAAAAGGGUAACUAAAUUUUCUAUCGAAGGGUUGACAAAAGUAAUUAACAAUAUAUAUCAAUUCAGUAAGACUAAUCCAAACACAAAAAAUAUAAUUGGUCCAAUAAAAUUGGAUAAUCAAAAUAUCAAUAUUUUACCUAAUAAUACUACUGUGUCUAAUCUAAACAUUUUGAAUCCGGAUGAAAAACAAGUUUUUAUUAAAACCGUAUCUAGUAUCCAUGAAGGUAAACAUCAUCGUGUAUAUAAAUUAACAACCAAUAUUCCAAACAAAGAUUUAAUUUUACGCAUUCCAUAUUUGGUUGAUUCUCCAGAGAAUAUUUUUAGAAGAAUGCAAAGUGAAAUUGCUACUCAAGAUUUUAUAAAUAUUAAAUUGAAGAUUGAUACCCCAAAAAUUUUCGCAUAUGGUUUAGAUAGUUCUAAUCCAGUAGGUAUCCCAUUUGUUAUUCAAGAAUAUAUCAGCGGGGAUCUUUUGAUGAAAAGAUGGGAUCCUUUAUUAGAUGAUGAACCAAAUGGGAAACCAAAACAACAAUUGAUGGAUGUAAUUGACUGCAUAAGUGACAUUUAUUGUAAGUUACUUUCAUUUGAAUUUCGAAGCAUUGGUUCUAUCUACUUCAAAAAGGAUGUUAUGAAUACCGAUUAUUCAGAUAAAAUUAGUGAAAUUAUUGAUGAUAGGUGGUGUAUUGGUCCAAUUGUAGAAAGAAAUUUCUGGAAGGAUAAAAAACAAUCACCUUCAAAAGAACAGUUAGGUCCAUGGGAUAAAAAGGAUGUUACUUUGAUAAUCAAAAAUUUGGCAUCAGUAGAAUUAGAGAAUGUUAAACAAAGACUAGCAUUAAUUGAAGCUGGUUCAUCCCCUGAAAUUGAUAAAAUUGAAUUAUUGAAAGAGCAAAAGAGAACAUUUGAAAAUAUGAUCAAUGUAUCGCCAUACCUAUUCACUAGCGCUUUGAACUCCGAAGUGAGUCAAAAGAUUCCAAAUUUUGUAGAUUUGUUAAAGCCGAGAUUAUUUUUGCCGGAUUUAGAUCCAAUGAAUAUCAUUAUUAAUUCUAAAGACGGUAAUAAACCAUAUCUGAUUGAUUUUGAAAAUACAAGCGUUAAACCUUUUAUAAUUCAAAACUCACCAAAAUUUGUCGAAUAUGAUGGUCCUAAGAUUUACAAUAUUAAGAGUGAAAUUCCAGAGUAUGAGAAAUUACCAGAUACAGAGAAGGCACAGUGUCAGUUUAUUUAUAAAAGAACAAGAAAUCAGUAUUUAUGGGAGGAUGCGUUAAAUAAAAGACAACCAAAAUUGAUUACUUCAAUGGCACCACCGAUUAAAAGAUUAAGAAGUCCAUAUGUCGCUAUGUCAGAAUGUAAAACAGACGAUGGAUAUUUGAUUAUUGAUGAGAAUUUAUUACAAUUGAAAACGAUUUGGAGUGAUUUAUUUGAAAAUAAGAUUGUUUCGAGGAAAGAUUUCCCAUUGGAGUUUACUAAAGAACAAAUUGAAAAACAUAUAAAUGAUAUUAAUAAAUUGCAUCAAAAAUUGAUCUCCACACCAUUUGCAGCCACAAAAGGUUGGGUGCCACAAGAUAUGUUCGACACGUUAUUAAAUAAUGGAGUAAUUGUUCCAGAUGAAAAUGGUAAUUAUGUUAUCAAGUCACAUCAAAAGCCAACAGCACCGGCUUCUUCUUCUUCUUCUUCUUCUAAAAAUCAAAAUUGA